GUACGAUUGCGGUACAGAAACAUAGGAGGAGAAACAACAUUGACCUCGCCGGGGAGUAUUGGUUUGUCGGAAGUGACUCGUCCUGUUAAGAAGCUUUUAUAUUUUAUCGUUCACUUACUGGUGGUCACUAGUAUAUGACACCUGGGUUUGCAAAUAAGAUGAAGGGAAGAUCUCGCUGUUGAACCUUGGGCCCCCCCCCCCUCCCCCAUCACCUGCGAGCAUCACCUGGUCUCAACGUUUAGGGACUUUCCAGAAGCCACCUCUCUCCUAGGAGUGUGUUGCUAGUGCCGGCUUCUCUACAUCUCGGCCUCUACGCUAGAGAGCGAGCGGGACACUCCCCCACACACACACACACACGUGUGCGCGCGCACACACACACUCUCCGCAGAGGAGCUAAGCAGAGUGCCGUGUAGUGGCAGACACACACGUGCACACACACACAGAUACACACACACCCCUGCAACAAACGGCUGCAGCAGAGGCAGCACCCCAACCCUGCAGCCACCAUGGUGCUGUCGCAGAGGCAACGUGACGAGCUAAAUCGAGCGAUAGCCGAUUACCUCCGGUCCAACGGCCAUGAAGAGGCAUACUCCGUUUUUAAGAAAGAGGCAGAGAUGGACAUGAAUGAAGAAUUAGAUAAGAAAUAUGCAGGCCUUUUGGAAAAGAAAUGGACAUCAGUCAUCAGAUUACAAAAGAAAGUCAUGGAGCUGGAGUCCAAGCUGAGCGACGCUAAGGAGGAGAUCACCCUAGGAGGCCCCAUCGGCCAGAAGAGGGACCCCAAAGAGUGGAUCCCUCGGCCCCCGGAGAAGUACGCCCUGAGUGGCCACAGGAGCCCCGUCACACGCGUCAUAUUCCACCCGCUCUUCAGCGUCAUGGUGUCCGCCUCCGAAGAUGCCACUAUUAAGGUGUGGGACUAUGAGGCGGGAGACUUUGAGCGCACCCUGAAGGGCCACACAGACUCUGUGCAAGACAUCUCCUUUGACCAGUCGGGCAAGCUGCUGGCCUCGUGCUCCGCCGACAUGACCAUCAAGCUCUGGGACUUCCAGGGCUUCGAGUGCAUCAGGACCAUGCAUGGGCAUGACCACAACGUGUCGUCAGUUGCUAUCAUGCCCAACGGUGAUCACAUUAUCUCUGCAUCCAGAGACAAGACCAUGAAGAUGUGGGAGGUAGCCACUGGCUACUGUGUGAAGACGUUCACGGGCCACAGGGAGUGGGUGCGCAUGGUGCGGCCCAACCAGGACGGCACGCUGAUCGCCAGCUGCUCCAACGACCAGACGGUGCGCGUGUGGGUGGUGGCCACCAAAGAGUGCAAGGCUGAGCUGCGGGAGCACGAGCACGUGGUGGAAUGCAUCUCCUGGGCGCCUGAGAGCGCUCACCCCACCAUCCUGGAGGCCACCGGCUCAGAGAACAAGAAGAGCGGCAAGCCUGGUCCGUUCCUGCUCUCUGGCUCCAGAGACAAGACCAUCAAGAUGUGGGAUGUCAGUACGGGCAUGUGUCUUAUGACCCUGGUUGGCCAUGAUAACUGGGUGCGUGGCAUCAUGUUCCACCCCGGUGGCAAGUUCAUUGUGAGCACCGCCGACGACAAGACCCUGCGCAUCUGGGACUACAAGAACAAGCGCUGCACCAAGACCCUGACGGCCCACGAACACUUUGUCACCUCUCUGGAUUUCCAUAAGACGUCUCCCUACGUGGUGACUGGAAGCGUAGAUCAAACAGUCAAAGUCUGGGAAUGCCGCUGAUCCCAUCGGCUAGGCUCCUCCCCCUUUCCCAUCUGCCCGCCCCUUCCAAAUCACUCAUCCUCCAGGAAGCACUCAUCACCGUGGUUACCACCCCCCCCUGCCCCCACCCCCUUUAUCCGAGCUGUCGGCAUAACUAUCGUCCUCCUAUGUAAAUUAUUCUGGGUGUAGAACUGAGCUUAUUAAAAACAUUAUACACAUGGCACACACACGAGAAGGAAAAAAAAAAGUAUUCUUGCAUGGUAAACCCCAAAACUUAUACACUGUAAAUGUGCAUUACCAUUGUGUAGAGAGGUAUGGUAGAGUUCAACACAGGAACUGAUGUUCUGAACCCUGGACAAGGACACACACUUGAGGAGGCGAGUGCAGUCCAGGGAGCUCAAACACAGGGCACUACUAAACCAAACUUUUCUGUCCUUUUUCCUUUUUCCCCCCCCUUGUUCCCCUCUUCUCUCAUUUUUCUGCGGUCGUAUCUUAUCUCUUGCUGCCGCGGUUCGUACACUGUCAGUGCCUAAGGGAGAGAAGCGGAGGAGGAGAGAGAGAGAGAGAGAGAGUGGUGGAUUUUAAGACAACAUAGUGCAUUUCUUCCCCACUAAAUGUAACCUACCCUCGUGUUACCAUGGCUUUGCACAGAGGAUCCUGUUGUUUUAAACCUACAUUGAAGUAUAAUGGACCCCCCCCCCCCCAUGUUUGUAUUUUAGAUCUCAGGACAGCCUGAAGUCCUUAACAAGCAGGUGAAUGUGGCUGACAUCUGGUGCAUACUCCUUUCUCUAUGUAAAGGCUAUUUUUCCCCCUAUCCAGUUAGUCAAGGCGUCAUGUCAUGUCAUGGACCUCCCUGUUAGUCUCGAGCUUGGGGACGACCCUGAUCACGAGUUUGGUGGAGAUCUCAGACCCACAGGGAAGUAUUUCCCACAAUUCCUGUCAUGGAACAGAAACGGCCCCCAAAAUGAGUACAUGAGAACCAUAUGCAGUUAAAGUGGGCAAAAACAGUAAAUGUUAAACAUUUUCCAAAUGUUGAUUUUGUUUAGAAAAAACAAAAGAAAAAAAAAAAAAUGAUGCAUUUUUAUGUUUUCCCCCUGCCAUGACCUCCUCUGUAGACAGCUACACUGACCAGUGCUCAGUCCACUCCCUCCUUGACAUGCACUUCCACCUUCCACACACUGUGGAGACACUCAUCACAGACUAAAGCUCAGAAGUCCCUUCUAGUGUCUUGUACUAAGGUAGAGGCAGCUCAAGCAACCUCUCCCAUUGUUGACAUGCAAGAUCAUCCAUAGCAUCAACAUUGCUGCAGUUGAGGUCUUUAGCAAUGAUAUAAAGAGACCUACUCUGCCUCACUGUCUGAGCCUGAGAAGUUCAUCGGUCCGGGCACUAACAAGAAUGGGCCGCUCUCCUGACCCCAGACCCCCACCCCUACACACACACACACACACACACACACACACACACACACACACAUACAUACACAUACACAACCAACUGUUUGUUCACUCAUUCAAACGCCCACAGGCCUUCUAGACUAGCACAGAAGCUAGUCCACGGGGGGUGGUGGUGGGGGGGUGUUCUCGAAUGGUCACUACAGUGACUGCGUGUACAAAGACCACUUUCACAGAACCAUUUGCUUGAAUGGGGAUUUUUGGGGAGGGAGGGUGGGGCUUUGGGGUGCAUUCUAGAAUAUUCUCGCCUGCGAAACCGAUCCAUUCUGCUGCUUCUCUGCUUUUGUCAUCUGCCUGUGUAUCUGUACAGUACAUGAACCUGUUAGCUGCUGCGCUCGAGUGAGUGUGUGUGUGUGUGUGUGUGUGUGUUUGCGCGUGUGUGUGCGCAUCAUCCACCUAAAGAAAGCUUUUGACCUGUUCAGUGGUACGGCUCGAGUGUCGUUGCACUGAAUGAGCUAUCCGGUCAGGCUCUUCUCUCGGAUCGGAGUGUGUGUGAUGUCCUAUAGUUUUGUCUGUCUUUUUUUUUAUGGUUCUAUGUUUGUUGCUGAGUGUGUGUGUGUGUCUGUGUCUGUGUGUGUGUUUUGUGUAUGUUUUGCAUUUGUCUAAACUGACAAAAUUCUAACGUCUAGAGAGAAAGCCCUCCCAGGUAGAUCAAUAUGUGCAAUAAGUAAUAGGCUGCUCUGUGCGUCUCAAGAGCUCCGUUUUUGUAUGUAUGUAUGUAUGUAUGUAAGUAUGUUUGUGCAAGCUAUAUACAUGACUAUAGGAAAAGCUCUUCCUUUCUUUCAAGGGGAUUGUAGGGGAUUAAAAAUAUAAGAAGCUGGAAUUGAUGGGGAGGAGUAUUGUUUAGGAGGUGAAUAGAGGAGAGGAAGGGGGCGCAAAUCACCUCCCCGACACCUUUUCAGGAGGAAGACGCUAUAGAAGCUGAAAGGACGUAACCAAUCCCAUCGUUCUGUACGUAGAUAACUGCGUGGCCUGAUCAGCCAAGGCCUUUGAGCCUGUGGAGCUGUCCAGAGACCGGUGCAAAAAUGUCCAACUGUCUUUUUCUCUGCCUUGUAUACUGAGGGCCGUCUGACUUAACAGGAUUUUACUCUGCUUUUGUGAUCUCACUGUUCACUCACUCACUCACAUUACACUCUCUCACACACACAUACACAGACACACCGACUCAAGCACACACAUUCCCUCACUCGGACACACACACACACAUGCACACAGACCUACACUUACUCAGACACGGGCACACACAUGCACACAGUAAAAUUGUGUACCGAUAUAUCUGGAUGUCAUUGUUUGCAACAUAAUUAAAAAUAAUAAAGAUGUGUAAAUACAUGAAAA